AUGCGAUCAAAACGAGUCAUCUCCAUCGUCACUUGCCACGCGGAGGGCGAGGUUGGCGAUGUCGUUAUCGGCGGCGUAAUCGACGUGCCAGCCAAGACAAUGCACGAUAAGCUCGUCCACUACAUGGCCGAGAAAGAUGAUCUACGAAAGCUUCUCCUUCAAGAACCUCGUGGUCGCCUAGAGAUGAGUGUUAACUUGGUCACUCCGCCUUGCCGGCCCGAUGCCGAUGCUGGAUUCCUUAUCAUGGCCCCUGGUGACUGGGUUCCUAUGUCUGGCUCCAACUGCGUCUGCACAACUACCGUCCUUCUCGAGACGGGUAUUGUCCCCAUGAUUGAGCCGGUUACAACAGUCAGACUCGAUACUGCUGCUGGAUUGGUUGUUGCUACGGCGGAGUGUGACAACGGAAAGUGUAAAUCCGUUUCUUUCGAUAAUGUCCCAGCUUUCGUCUACGCUCUGGACAAGGAAAUUGACGUCCCCGGCAUUGGAGUUAUUUCUGUGGAUAUCGCCUAUGGAGGUCAAUGGUACGUGCUCGUCAAAUCAGAAGCACUAGGAAUCAGAGUCGAAACCAUCAAUGCCGACAGUCUUGUCGACAUUGGGAAGAGGAUAAAAGCAGCCGUCCUCGCCAACUGCAUGCCCACACAUCCUGAGAAUCCCGCCAUCUGCGGUAUCAACAAUACCAUUAUCACAGAGCCUUUAGAAGACGGUCCUAAUGGCAAGACCGUCAAGCACACUGUCGUCGUUACACCCGGUCGUCUCGACAGGAGUCCUUGUGGUACCGGAAGCUCGUCACGACUGGCAAUUCUUCACGCAAGGGGGCUUAUCAAAGAGGGCGAGGAGGUUACAUUUAGAAGUAUUAUCAACACUGAGUUUGUUGGUAAGAUCAGGGGGACUGCAAAGGUUGGGGAGCUUGAUGCGGUCUUGCCGACCAUUAAGGGACGGGCCUGGAUAACGGGUGAGAAGAAUGUGCAUCUUGAUCCUGAGGAUCCUUUCCCAACAGGUUUCCUUUUAAAUUAA